AUGACGGGCAGCAACUCGGCAGGACAUUCAGGAGCCCCAGGGACUGAAACCUACCUCGAUUACAUGUCGAGCCCUGACAUCGACUUUGACCAUAUCAAGUCAGACAUGACGUGCACAAAGUUUCACGAUUCGGUCUGGGGAUUCGUCAUAUAUCGGUGCUCUAAAGCCAACCAGAGAGCUUGGGUUCGCCUGCUGGAAGCCUUGCGCAGCAAGAUCCAGGAAGAUCUCAGGUUCUACAUUCGCGAAGAUCUGUUGACAUUCCAUGAUCUUCACGCCAUCGACGACAAGGCGCUCCACGGAGCCACCUCCCACCAAGUCCGAGAACAUUUUCAGUCUUGGGUCUCAAAAAAUCUCGAGGACCGUCUACGACCCGAUGCUACUAACCUGGAAGACGACGUGGGCUGGAUGCGAGCAACAUCCACGCCCAGAUACGAAUAUUGUCUCUUUGUGGAUGAUAUCUGUCUCGAGUCCGUGGAUCAUCCCGGCGUUAACUCGCCAGUUGUGAAGCUUCUGCACAAAAACUGGGAGUCCCCGUUCCCCCCACAGGAGAGGAACUACACAGUUCCCGCCCCAUUCCAUGAUGGUGCAACCGAAUACGAGGAGGAAGACGUGGGCUGGAUGUACAUGCCGCUGCAGGAAUACCUAUACAAGUAUCACUUGCUUGGGAAAGGUGACUGGGACGAUCAAUAUGUAAGACCCCCAUACAUUGAUGGAACCGAGGACGAGAGUGAAUUUGUAGGUCAUUGGCGGCAGGAGUCAUUGAGUUUGGAGGGUUAA